UGCGCAUGCUCAGUAUCCUCCCUGCUCCAGUGGGAGUCAUCGAGCGCCUUCUGUGCUGUCUACAUUCUCAACUGUGCAUGAACUGAAGUCGGCUCGUCUGCGAUCCUCGUGAUGGACUCUCAGAAAGAUGCCUUACAGAGGAUAAUUGCCACAUUAGCAAACAAAAAUGAGGAGCUCCAGAAUUUCAUUGAAACGCUAAAUCACACUUUGGGUCGAGUUCAGGUCAACUCCACACAGGUGGUGUCGGAUUUAGAGGAGGAAUUCGACACGCUGUACUCCAUCCUAGAUGAGAUGAAAGAGAGUAUGACCAACACCAUCAAACAGGACACAGUCCGGAAAUCACAUGAGCUUCAGAACCAGCUGACCCAAAGCACCAGUGCAUUAGAGAGUGCAGAGGAACUUUUGGAGUUUGCUAAUAAUGCGCUGCACAUUACAGAUGAGGGGGAUUUCACAAAGGCUGCCAAACAGAUCAAAGAUAGGGUCACAAUGGCUCCUGCCUUCCGCUUGACUCUGAAGCCCAAAGCCACAGAUAAUAUGACCCACCUGAUGGUGGACUUCAGUCAGGAGAGACCGCUUCUGCAGGGCCUCAAGUUCCUCCCCGUGCCAAGAGCUCCAGAGAUAGUGCUCGGGGACUGUCUGGUCAUAGAUAAUGAGGUGACUGUCGCCUGGAGGAUGCCGGCGGAGGACAGCAAGAUUGACCAUUACAUCUUAGAGUACAGAAAAACCAGCCAUGAGGGUCUGCCGCGUGUGAAGGACGAGCAGUGCUGGGAGGUGGUGGACGACGUCAAGAGCACUGAACACACCCUACAAGGGUUAAGAUUUGACACCAAAUUCAUGAACUUCCGGGUAAGAGCAUGUAACAGAGCAGCUGCCGGUGAUUAUUCGGACCCAGUCACAUUGGAGACUAGAGCAUUUAACUUCGGCUUUGACUCCACGUCAUCUCAUCUGAAUCUGAAGGUGGAGGACAGGAGCGUAGAAUGGGAUCCUCAGGGAGGAAAAGGAGUCGACAGCAAAGUCAAAGGGAAGGAGAACAAGGGAAGCAGUGCACAUUUCACCAAUCUGAAGAAUAUGUCAAGAAGUGGAACUCCAUCUCCUAAAAGAACAUCAGUGACGCGCUCACCCGCCCCGAGAGGAGCCAGGGAUCGCUUCACCGGAGAGUCCUACACAGUACUGGGUGACACCAGUAUGGAGUCUGGCCAGCAUUACUGGGAAGUGAAGCCUCAGAAAGACUGUAAGUCCUACAGCGUUGGUUUGGCCUACAGAAACCUUGGGAAAUUUGAGCAGUUGGGGAAGACCAACACCUCCUGGUGUAUCCACGUCAACAACUGGCUGCAGAACUCGUUUGCAGCCAAACACAACAACAAGGCCAAGAAUCUGGACGUUGCCGCACCGGACAGCAUAGGGGUCUACUGUGACUUUGAUCGGGGCCAACUUUCUUUCUAUAAUGCUGAAAACAAACAACUGCUCCAUACUUUUAAAGUGAAGUUCACCCAACCUGUUGUGCCAGCUUUCAUGGUGUGGUGUGGCGGUCUGACUCUGUCUACAGGCCUGCAGAUACCCAGUGCAGUGAGAAGCCUCCAGAAGACAGAAAAUGGGCUGGGAGGAUCGAACAGCAGUAUAUCUCAGCAGGAUCCCGCAGUAGCCUGUGAUAUUUGCCUCUACGAUAAACUGCCUUCAGUAGACAGUUCCCUAAUGCCGUGACCCGAUUUCCUAAAACUUAUCCGUUAACCGUUUUGAAAACCGAACACCUUUCCGAUGGCCGAGGCAUGUAUGUAGGCUUCCAGGACAAAGAGCUCUUCUCCGCAGCUUUGCCUGGCAGAAUUUGGAGAGACGUUUCCCUUCACGCUCCUCUGAAGAGAGGCCUCGUUGUCUUUGACAGACACUUGCUUUCAUCAGGAGACGCUUGCAUCAGGAAAGCUAGUCGCUUUAUCAGGGAAUAGUUCAGGGCACUCUCUUUACUGAUUUUAGGUUGAAUUAUGACAAGCUUUUUUUGAGUUGUUUGUCCUUCUCUAGAUUAGUGUUAACUCCUUUCUAUGGUGUUUUCUUUAGUUUUUUUUACAUUAACUGUCCUCUUAUUGAUAUCUGAACUCCGGAGAUCAUCCUUCAGUUGUUGAAUUUGAAUUUUGCACAAGUGUAAAAAUGAGAAAAGCUGCUUUUAAUGUCCCCUAGUGGUCAUAUACUGUUAUUAUAUCUGGAUAAUUUUGAAUGUGGACUGUACAUUUUUGUUGUAUAAAUGUGUUAUCCUGAGUUAUGUUGAUUUUUAAGUCAUUUAGGUCUUUUUUUGAAUAGGUUUGAGAAAUAUUUGUGCAGAAACUAAUAAUCAAACCUCGGUCUGUUUCUAUGUAACACUGCUUAAUGAGCUUAAAUCCAAAUAUUAAAGCUCACCAAAGUUUGACUCGGUGUUGAUUUUUUCUGCAUCUCGCG